UACCAGAACAGGUUUUUAGGCCUGGCUGCCAUGGCAUCUCCAUCUAGAAACUCCCAGAGCCGACGCCGGUGCAAAGAGCCCCUCCGGUACAGCUAUAACCCAGACCAAUUCCACAACAUAGACAUCAGAAAUGGUGCCCAUGAUGGCAUCACCAUCCCUCGCUCCACCAGUGACACUGACCUGGUCACUUCAGACAGCCGCUCUACACUCAUGGUCAGCAGUUCCUACUAUUCUAUAGGGCACUCCCAGGAUUUGGUAAUCCACUGGGACAUCAAGGAAGAAGUGGAUGCUGGAGAUUGGAUUGGCAUGUACCUUAUUGGUGAGGUCUCAUCUGAAAACUUUCUGGAUUAUAAGAACCGUGGAGUCAAUGGUUCUCACAGAGGCCAGAUCAUUUGGAAGAUUGAUGCCAGCUCUUACUUUGUGGAAUCUGAAACUAAGAUCUGCUUCAAAUACUACCAUGGAGUAAGUGGAGCCCUGAGAGCUACAACCCCCAGUGUCACUGUCAAGAACUCAGCAGCCCCUCAUUUCAGUUUCGUGUCUCUGCCAACUGAUGUGCUAGAAAUUGAAGUGAAGGACAAGUUUGCCAAGAGUCGUCCCAUCAUCAAGCGUUUCUUGGGAAAGCUGUCAAUGCCUGUUCAGAGGCUGCUGGAGAGACACGCCAUAGGGGAUAGGGUGGUCAGCUACACACUUGGCCGCAGGCUUCCAACUGACCAUGUGAGUGGACAGCUGCAAUUCCGAUUUGAGAUCACAUCCUCCAUCCAUGCAGAUGAUGAAGAGGUCUCUCUGAGUGCUGAGCCUGAGUCAGCAGAAAUGCAAGACAGUGUCAUGAAUAGCCAUGGGGAGUCUCCUGGUGAUGCUGCAGAAGUCUGCAAAGACUCGAAGCCAGAGUCACCAAGUGUAGGGAAUGGAGUAAACAGCUCAGAAAACCAAAACCAGGAGUAUGCCGGGACAGGUGAGGAAGCUGCAAGUGCUAUGGAGACCAGAGAUGGUGGCAAGUUCUCUGAAGGACCCGAAGAGGCUGGGGAGCUUCAGGACCAAGAGCAACAUGACACCCAGCCCACUCUGAGUGCAGAAGAAGUGGCAGAGGGACUUCCCCUGGAUGAGGACUGGCCACCCUCGCUGUUGCCAGAAGAGAGUACAGCUCUAGGUAGCAAGGUAGAAGAGGAAACAGUACCCGAAAAUGGAGCCAGAGAGGAAGAGAUGCAGGAGAAGGGGAAAGAUGAGGAGGAGGAAGAAGAGGAUGUUUCUACCCUGGAGCAAGGAGAGCCUGGACUGGAGCUGAGGGCCUCCGUGAGAAAAAAAAGCAGACCAUGUUCCCUACCUGUAUCUGAGCUUGAGACAGUGAUUGCAUCUGCCUGUGGAGAUGCUGAGACCCCAAGGACCCAUUACAUCCGCAUCCAUACCCUGCUGCACAGCAUGCCCUCGGCCCAGAGAGGAAGCACCACAGAGGAGGAAGAUGGAUUGGAGGAGGAAUCCACCCUCAAGGAGUCCUCUGAAAAGGAUGGGCUCAGUGAGGUGGACACAAUAGCUGCUGACCCACAGUCCAUGGAAGAUGGAGAGAACGAUGGGGCUACUCUAUGCAUGGCACCCUCUGACUGUUCUCGGGGCCAUUUCUCCGGUUUAUCCAAAAGCAUUGGCGCUGGCCAAGAUGGCGAAGCUCACCCCAGCACUGGGAGUGAGAGUGACUCCAGCCCCCAGCAGGGAGCAGAUCACAGUUGCGAGGGUUGUGACGCCUCAUGCUGCAGCCCCUCAUGCUAUAGCACAUCCUGCUACAGCAGCUCCUGUUACAGCAGCUCCUGUUACAGCAGCUCCUGCUACAAUGGCAACAAUCGGUUUGCCAGCCACACACGCUUCUCCUCUGUGGACAGCGCCAAGAUCUCUGAGAGCACAGUCUUUUCUUCACAAGAAGAUGAGGAGGAGGAAAACAGCGCAUUCGAGUCGGUACCUGACUCGGUGCAGAGCCCAGAACUAGAUCCCGAGUCUACAAAUGGGGCUGGGCCUUGGCAGGAUGAACUGGCUGCUGGUGGGAAUGGAGCAAGAACUACUGAAGGUCUGGAGUCCCCCAUGGCAGGUCCUAGCAAUAGGAGAGAAGGUGAAUGUCCUAUACUCCAUAAUUCCCAGCCAAUAAGCCAGCUUCCUUCCUUGAGGCCUGAACAUCAUCACUACCCAACAAUCGAUGAGCCUCUUCCACCAAACUGGGAAGCUCGAAUCGACAGCCAUGGACGGGUCUUUUAUGUGGACCAUGUAAAUCGCACAACCACCUGGCAGCGACCAACAAUGGCCCCUACCCCAGAUGGAAUGAUCAGAUCCGGGUCUAUCCACCAGAUGGAGCAGCUUAACAGAAGGUAUCAAAACAUCCAGAGAACUAUUGCAACAGAGAGACCUGAAGAAGAUUCUGGCAACCAAAGCUGUGAGCAAAUACCAGAUGGAGGAGGAGGAGGUGGAGGGAGUGACUCAGAAGCAGAAUCUUCCCAAUCAAGCUUAGAUCUGAGGAGAGAAGGGUCACUUUCUCCUGUCAACUCACAGAAGGUCACUUUGCUGCUGCAGUCUCCAGCGGUCAAGUUCAUCACCAACCCUGAGUUCUUCACUGUGCUGCAUGCCAAUUAUAGUGCCUACAGGGUUUUUACAAGUAGCACUUGCCUGAAGCAUAUGAUUUUGAAAGUCCGACGAGAUGCUCGCAAUUUUGAGCGCUACCAGCACAACCGGGACCUGGUGAACUUCAUCAACAUGUUUGCAGAUACUCGGCUGGAACUGCCCCGGGGUUGGGAGAUCAAAACUGAUCAUCAGGGAAAGUCUUUCUUCGUGGACCACAACAGUCGAGCUACUACUUUCAUUGAUCCCCGAAUCCCUCUUCAGAAUGGCCGUCUUCCCAAUCAUCUGACCCACCGACAGCACCUCCAGAGGCUCCGGAGUUACAGUGCUGGAGAGGCCUCAGAAGUCUCUAGAAACAGAGGAGCAUCUUUGCUGGCCAGGCCAGGGCACAGCCUAAUAGCUGCUAUUCGAAGCCAACAUCAACAUGAGUCCUUGCCACUGGCAUACAAUGACAAGAUUGUGGCAUUUCUUCGCCAGCCAAACAUUUUUGAAAUGCUGCAAGAACGUCAGCCAAGCUUGGCAAGAAACCAUACACUCAGGGAGAAAAUCCAUUAUAUUCGGACAGAGGGCAAUCAUGGGCUUGAGAAAUUGUCCUGUGAUGCAGAUCUAGUCAUUUUGCUGAGUCUCUUUGAAGAAGAGAUCAUGUCCUAUGUCCCCCUGCAAUCUGCCUUCCACCCUGGAUAUAGCUUCUCUCCCCGCUGUUCACCCUGUUCUUCACCCCAGAACUCCCCAGGUUUACAGAGAGCCAGCGCAAGAGCCCCUUCACCUUACCGAAGGGAUUUUGAAGCUAAGCUCCGCAAUUUCUACCGAAAACUGGAAGCCAAAGGAUUUGGACAGGGUCCGGGUAAAAUUAAGCUCAUCAUCCGUCGAGAUCACUUGUUGGAGGGGACCUUCAAUCAGGUGAUGGCAUACUCCCGGAAGGAGCUCCAGAGAAACAAGCUCUACAUCACCUUUGUUGGAGAGGAGGGCUUGGACUACAGCGGCCCUUCUCGAGAGUUCUUCUUCCUGUUGUCUCAGGAGCUCUUCAACCCUUACUAUGGACUCUUUGAGUAUUCUGCGAAUGACACUUACACAGUACAGAUCAGCCCGAUGUCGGCAUUUGUAGAAAACUAUCUUGAAUGGUUUAGAUUCAGUGGUCGUAUCCUGGGCCUAGCUCUGAUCCAUCAGUACCUUCUGGAUGCUUUCUUCACAAGACCCUUCUAUAAGGGACUCCUGAAGCUACCAUGUGAUCUGAGUGACCUAGAAUAUUUGGAUGAGGAAUUCCACCAGAGUUUACAGUGGAUGAAGGACAACAACAUCACAGACAUUCUCGAUCUCACUUUCACUGUUAAUGAAGAAGUUUUUGGACAGGUAACAGAAAGAGAGUUGAAGUCUGGAGGUGCUAACACGCAGGUGACCGAGAAGAACAAGAAGGAGUACAUAGAGAGGAUGGUGAAGUGGCGCGUGGAGCGUGGUGUGGUGCAGCAGACCGAGGCGUUGGUCAGGGGUUUCUAUGAGGUUGUAGACUCAAGGCUCGUCUCAGUGUUUGAUGCGAGGGAGCUGGAGCUGGUGAUCGCUGGAACUGCGGAAAUCGACCUGAAUGACUGGAGGAAUAACACUGAGUACCGGGGAGGUUAUCAUGAUGGCCACCUUGUGAUCCGCUGGUUCUGGGCUGCAGUGGAACGCUUCAAUAAUGAGCAGAGAUUGAGAUUACUUCAGUUUGUGACAGGAACGUCAAGUGUGCCCUAUGAAGGCUUUGCAGCUCUGCGGGGAAGCAAUGGACUUCGACGUUUCUGCAUAGAGAAAUGGGGGAAGAUUACAUCUCUCCCCAGGGCACAUACAUGUUUCAACCGAUUGGAUCUCCCACCAUAUCCUUCAUAUUCCAUGUUGUAUGAAAAGCUGUUAACAGCAGUAGAAGAAACCAGCACCUUUGGACUUGAGUAAAGACGUGGAACUUCGCCUGAUAUUGUCCUGAACAGUGACACCACCCUUUCUGGGAUGACU